AUGGUCAAAAACUUGGUGUCUACAAUGGAACUUCACUUUUCAAACCGUGCUGUAACGAAAAAAGAAAAUAACAGUCAUGUUGGAACAACUGACGAAAACUUGGAUCGAGGAAACUGGUCAAGUAAAACUGAUUACUUGCUUUCGUUGAUUGGCUAUGCAGUGGGGCUAGGAAAUGUUUGGCGGUUCCCCUACCUUGCCUACAAGAACGGAGGAGGUGCAUUUCUGAUUCCAUACACCAUAAUGCUGGCCUUUGCGGGCCUCCCCCUCUUCUUUCUGGAAUGUUCCUUUGGGCAGUUUGCAAGUCUUGGUCCUGUUUCUGUGUGGAAGGCUGUCCCAAUCAUGCAAGGUGUUGGUGUUACAAUGGUGCUGGUAUCAUCUUUUGUGGCAAUCUACUACAACUGUAUCAUUGGCUACAGUAUUUACUACUUGUUUGCAUCCUUCCAGUUCCCCCUUCCAUGGAGUGACUGUUUUGAAUGGUCUGAUGAGAACUGCAGUAAGCAGUCCAAAGAAUAUUGCAACAUUACAUCUGCAAAUGGAAGCUUUGUAUUGGUCAAUUCAACAUGGUUAAAUGACAACAAUGCCACCUGUGAGGGAUCAAAUAUCUUCUCUAUCUCUGUGCAGAGCCCGAGUGAACAAUAUUGGGACAAAGUAGCCCUUCGUCGAUCAAGUGGAUUAGAUGAAUCUGGAGGCGUUAUCUGGCAUCUUGCUCUCUGCCUCCUGCUGGCAUGGAUAAUAGUUGGUGCUGCCUUGUUUAAAGGAAUAAAGUCAUCAGGAAAGGUGGUGUAUUUCACAGCGAUCUUUCCUUAUGUUGUUUUGAUCAUCCUGCUGAUACGAGGAGUAACUCUGGAAGGAGCUCGGGAAGGAAUCGAAUACUACAUAGGAACUCAUUCUGACAUUUCAAAGCUGUCUGAUGCUGAGGUUUGGAAGGACGCUGCCACUCAGAUCUUCUUUUCCCUUUCUACUGCAUGGGGAGGCCUUGUUGCUCUGUCUUCCUACAACAAAUUCAACAACAACUGCUAUUCAGAUGCAAUCGUCGUUUGUGUGACCAACUGCGUUACAAGUGUCUUUGCUGGAUUUGCCAUCUUUUCCGUUCUUGGACACAUUGCUCAUAUAUCACAUAAGCCUGUGUCUGAAGUCACCCAGUCAGGUUUUGGCUUGGCUUUCAUUGCAUAUCCAGAAGCCCUUUCAAAGUUGCCCAUAUCACCACUGUGGUCUAUCCUUUUCUUCUUUAUGCUACUGACGCUUGGUCUGGACUCUCAGUUUGCAAUAAUUGAAACCAUUACAACAGCACUACAAGAUGAAUUUCCCAAGUACCUUCGUUCAAGGAGAACCCUCAUUACAGUAGUUGCCUGUGUUGUGCUUUAUCUUCUUGGCCUGCCCUGCGUAACUGGGGCUGGAAUCUACUGGGUUAAUUUAAUUGAUCACUUCUGCUCUGGAUGGGUACUUCUAAUAUCUGCUGUCUUGGAACUUGUCGGGAUAAUCUACAUCUAUGGAGGAAACCGAUUCAUCAAGGACAUUGAAAUGAUGAUUGGCAAGAAAAACUAUUAUUUCUGGUUGUGGUGGAGAGCUUGCUGGUUUUUCAUUUCUCCCUGUUUACUUACGAUCAUAUUGGUGUGGUCCUUGGUAACAUUCUCAGCACCUUCAUAUGGACCUAUUCCCUAUCCAAUAUGGGGAACGGUGCUUGGAUGGUUUAUGUUAGCCUUCUGCAUCAUCUGGAUUCCCAUAUUUGCUGGUUUCAAUUUUGCAAAAGCAAAGGGAGGCAUAUUGGAACGCUUCAGGCAAAUUUGUUCUCCUACACCUGACUGGGGUCCUUACCUUGAAUGCCACCGUGAAAGGUACAAGAAUCAAGAGAGUCCACAGACAAUUCAGCAAUCCAAGCAAAACGAAAAUGAUUUGUCGAUUGUUUAUGCUAAUGAUAUGCUAAUGAUUUCAUCACCAAACUGUGAUCAGAUGCGUGUAUAGGAGGCUACCAAAGAGAUUAUUGUAGAAACCAUCACCUGCAAGGAGUCAGAUAUGGUGAGAUCUGAAGCCAGUGGGCAAUCUCAUGGGAUAAAUCACAAAAAGAAAAUGUCAUCUCUAUGUGACACGCAUACAGCGUAUAUUCAUUGGCGCAAAGCAUUACUGCGUUUUGUGCAUAAUUUCUUUUAAAUCAUAUGCUUAGCCUAAAGAUCAAAAAUAUUAGGGACUGACAACAAAAUUUGUUAGUAUGAAGAAAUAAUUUUAUCAUUUUCACUGUAAAGUUUAAAGACAGUUAAUAGUAGAUUUACUGUAAAUAGCAUCAUUUUGUGAUUUUAUUCAUAAGCUAGUCUGUUUCUUAAGUUCUGAGCAGAUACAAAUGUUUUUCUACUGAAUGUCAUUGAUGACAUCAUUUUUGGCAUCUUUACUGCUGGCAGUUUACUUUUAUUUUAUUUUAUUAAUGGGACAUUUCAUGUUUCUAACUGUCUAAAGGUCAUCAGACAUUAUUUGUAUGUGAAGAAAGGAACCUCUCACCUAUGCAAAGUUGGGCUUUUGUUUUCUUUUUUAGUUCCAGUUUGGUCAGUUGCAGUAUACAUGGGUUUAUGCUCGCCGCUGGUAUCAUUUACAUUUAACAGGGGUGAGGAGGGCCAUUUGUCAUGAUAUCAGAAUAUAAUCUUACCAAACAAUCACUCCAGUAGCAUGUAAAUAACUUACUAUGUUGCUCCAUUGCCCUACUGUUUUGUGUGAACAACACAACCAUUUUGUGGGCACAGUCCAGUAAGAUAUUAAUGGGGACUAAAUCAAGGAGAUGAUAGUGUAGCUUAGCGCCUAAUCACAGUUUGUCAUAUGUACUACGGGCUGGCCUUUAUCCAGAGAUCAUGAGGGGUCUAUGAUUUAAUCAUUUUAUAAAAUGAACCAGUUCUAUGGUAUGAAUUUAUAGAUGGGAAUGAAAAGUCAAAGCUUGGCAAAUAUUCUGAACAGACAUAUAUUAGGUAGGUUCACGUGAACAUCAGUGUUCAUUGGCAAAAUGAUGUGAAAUUUAACUUAAACGUCUAUACUGUAAAACUGAAUUUGAAAUCGUUCUCUGCACGUAAAUAUAUGUGAAUAUCUAGCAGACAGGGUAUCACGUUAUCAAGGUACUGUAUAAAAACAAACAAGAAAAACAUUUCAAUUAAAUGUCCUCCAUUAAGGAAGCACUUUAUUAGUGAAAGGAAACAGUUUCACCUUUUGUAUUUUUUCAGUUUCUUCUUAAAUGUGUAUGUAAAUAGCAAUCUGACUGCCAAAGUUUUUCUUUUUGUAGCGCAUUUUAAAAACACAUUUUUAUGAGCUAUGUAAUCUUAGAUAAUUUGAAAGCAGUUCAUUGUACAUAUCCUGUUCUAAUUUAAAAGGGGUGAUGAAUUCUGCACA